AUAGCCACGGGGGGCUCAAGCGAGCACCGUGCCAGCAGGGUAUCUCACAUAUCUCUGCCCUCCUACCCUGCCGCGAGCCAUGGCAUCCGCGGCAUCCGCAGCAAAGGGCAGGCGCCCCACCGUGCUGUCGGAACCGGACAUGGCGAAGUUGCGGAAGCUUCUUGCAGAAGGAGACAAAGAGGCCGCAACCCAGAUGCUGGACGAAGCCAGCGCGCAGGAGAAGGGGGGGGACGAGGAGGAGGAUGUGGAGAAGGACGAGGACGCUGAGCUUGAGCAGGGCCGGAGGAAGCUCGAAGACAUGGGCCUCGAAGGAGCAGCCGCCUCAGACGGAGCAGCCGCCCCAGCUGACGCAGGGGCGCGCGGGCGGAAGCCCGCCGGAUCCGGUGCGAAGAAGGCGACGGAGAAAGCGACGGAGGCGCUCGAAGCCAUCAAGGGGCUGAAGCAGGAAGUUGCCUCAAUGAAGUAUGCCGCAGCCCUGACGGAGGAGAGAGAGAUGAAGACGCUGAUCACACUCAUCCCGACCAAGCGUAUCAAGGCUAAGGAGUUCUGGGAACAAAGCAAGGACGUCGAGAAGGCCAUCCUGUCGAACGGGCCCCUAAAGGACAAGGUCGUGCAGGCCUUCGCGAACCAGGCCAAGAACGAGAAGAAGAUCUUCGUCCGGGUGAAGGCGGGCUACCAGAAGAAGGAAGUGGAACAGGCUCUACCGGAAGUGGUUGGACGCUUCAACUUGCGGGUCAACUUCACAGUCUUGGAGAACAAGGCAGCAGCAGGCAAGACGUGCAGCAUCGCAUUCUCGGCGGUGAAGGCAGCACUCGGCUUCGAGAAGCUCACCAAUAAGGAGGUGGAGACCAUCUGGCCCCGGGAGCCGCUCUCGCCGCAGUGGAGCCUGGCCACCAAGGACGACGGCAUCGUUCUGGUGACCGGCAGCACCAUCACGACCCCCACGGGCAGCAAGCACGAGGUCACGUUCAAGCACGUCAUCGCCAUCCAGGGCUACUCGAUCGACGGCGCCGCCGUGGAGUCGCAGUUCCAGGAUUUUCUGAGGCCGCAUGCGGACGUAGUUCCUUUCCUAGUGGUCACAAGGGUGGCCCCGGAGGAGGCCGCUCUUGCAGCAGCGCCCAAGAGAGCCAGAAUUGAGAAGUGACAGACACGGGACAGGCAGCCAGAGCACCGAUCACACCGGACAGAGCCAGCUCAUCCACUCUCGCCGCUUGCUGCCUCUCUUCCCCACGCCGCGCCUAGGCCUGGCGACGGGGGGCGCGACGGCGAGCAGCCGACGGAGGCCGAGAAGAGCAACAGAGGCCAA